GAACACCAGCGGCUGCCGGGCGGAGAUGAACGUGCAGGCGGCGUGGAGGCGGGGCUACACGGGGAAGAACGUGGUGGUCACCAUCCUGGACGACGGCAUCGAGCGCAACCACCCCGACCUGGCCCCGAACUACGAUUCCUAUGCAAGCUACGAUGUCAACGGGAACGAUUAUGACCCCUCUCCGCGAUACGACGCCAGCAACGAAAACAAACAUGGCACGCGCUGUGCAGGAGAAGUGGCCGCUUCCGCCAACAACUCUUACUGCAUCGUGGGCAUCGCCUACAACGCCAAGAUUGGAGGCAUCCGCAUGCUGGACGGCGACGUGACGGACGUGGUGGAGGCGAAGUCGCUGGGCAUCAGACCCAACUACAUCGACAUCUACAGCGCCAGCUGGGGGCCGGACGAUGACGGGAAGACCGUGGACGGGCCCGGCCGGCUGGCCAAGCAGGCUUUCGAAUAUGGCAUCAAAAAGGGCCGGCAGGGCCUGGGCUCCAUCUACGUGUGGGCGUCUGGGAACGGCGGGAGAGAGGGGGACUACUGCUCCUACAGCAGCGGGGCCUUCUACGAGCGCAAAAUUGUCACCACGGAUCUGCGGCAGCGUUGCACCGACGGCCACACCGGGACCUCCGUCUCGGCCCCCAUGGUGGCCGGCAUCAUCGCCUUGGCUCUGGAAGCUAACAGCCAGCUCACCUGGAGGGACGUCCAGCACCUGUUAGUGAAGACCUCCCGGCCAGCCCACCUGAAGGCGAGUGACUGGAAAGUCAACGGUGCGGGUCACAAAGUUAGCCAUUUCUACGGAUUCGGCCUGGUGGAUGCAGAGGCUCUGGUCGUGGAGGCGAAGAAGUGGACCGCAGUGCCGGCCCAGCACAUGUGCGUGGCCGCGGCGGACAAGAGGCCCAGGAGCAUCCCCAUCGUGCAGCCGCUGCGGACCACGGCCCUGACCAGCGCCUGCGCGGACCACUCGGACCAGCGCGUUGUGUACCUGGAGCACGUGGUGGCCCGAGUCUCCAUCUCGCACCCGCGCCGAGGAGACCUCCAGAUCAACCUGAUCUCUCCCUCGGGAACCAAGUCUCAACUUUUGGCAAAGAGAUUGCUGGAUCUUUCCAAUGAAGGGUUUACAAACUGGGAGUUCAUGACCGUCCACUGCUGGGGAGAAAAGGCUGAAGGGGAGUGGACCUUGGAAGUCCAAGACAUUCCAUCCCAAGUCCGCAACCCAGAAAAACAAGGAAAGCUGAAAGAAUGGAGUCUCAUCCUCUAUGGCACCGCGGAGCACCCGUACCACACCUUCAGCGCCCACCAGUCCCGCUCACGCAUGCUGGAGCUCACAGCCCCCGAGCCGGAGCCCCCCAAGGCCGCUCUGUCACCGCCAUCCCAGGCUGAGGUUCCUGAGGAGGAAGAAGAUUACACAGCUCCUCCCACCCAAGGCUCUCCUAAUAUUUUACAGACCAGCGUGUGCCAUCCGGAGUGUGGGAACAAAGGCUGUGACGGCCCCAACGCCGACCAGUGCUUGAACUGUGUCCACUUCAGCCUGGGGAGCGCCAAGACCAGCAGGAAGUGCGUGAGCGAGUGUCCCCUGGGCUACUUCGGGGACACAGCCGCCAGACGCUGCCGCCGGUGCCACAGGGGGUGUGAGACCUGUUCGGGCCGGGCCCCGACGCAGUGCCUGUCCUGCCGCCGCGGGUUCUAUCACCACCAGGAGGUGAACACCUGUGUGACCCACUGUCCCGCCGGAUUUUAUGCCGAUGAAAGUCAGAAGAAUUGCCUGCAAUGCCACCCGAGCUGUAAAAAGUGCACGGACGAGCCCGAGAAAUGCACUGUCUGUAAAGAAGGAUUCAGCCUGGCACGGGGCAGCUGCAUUCCGGACUGUGAACCGGGCACCUACUUUGACUCGGAGCUGAUCCGAUGCGGGGAAUGCCAUCACACCUGCCGGACCUGCGUGGGGCCGAGUAGGGAAGAAUGUAUCCACUGCGCGAAAAACUUCCACUUCCAAGACUGGAAAUGCGUGCCCGCCUGUGGCGAGGGCUUCUACCCAGAGGAGAUGCCCGGUUUGCCCCACAAGGUGUGUCGAAGGUGCGAUGAGAACUGUCUAAGCUGCGAAGGCUCCAGUCGGAAUUGCAGCAGGUGUAAGACGGGCUUCACGCAGCUGGGGACGUCCUGCAUCACCAACCACACGUGUAGCAACGCUGACGAGACCUUCUGCGAGAUGGUCAAAUCCAACCGGCUCUGCGAACGGAAGCUCUUCAUCCAGUUCUGCUGUCGCACGUGCCUCAUGGCCGGGUAGGGGUACCAGCGGCCCGCGAGGACGGGGCACCUCCUAUCCGUCCAUCCAUCCGUCCACCUUCCUCCAGACUGUCGGCCAGUGCUGGCCCCGGGCGGUGCCCUGCACCUGACAGCGACACCUCUCAAGAACAAGGCCCUGCUGCAGCAUCUUGGGGCACCCAGACCCGGCAGGGGUGACCCUGAAGACGGCGUUCCUCCCACGGCCAUGCCCUCUCGCACUCUGCUUGCUGGCUACCAGUCUUCUAGCAAAGGCCAGAUGGGAGCAAAAGAAAUUCCAGAAAUCCACAGCGGCCGCUUGGGAGCUGCUUCUGGGACCCUCCAUUUCUGACAUCUUCGAGACCAAAGCAGAGAAGAAAGCCACUUGGCUAAUACACCACCCCUCCCCGGGCUUCUGCGUGCGGCUUCGUAGCAAACCUCAGCUGGCCCUCUGCAGCACCC